CCUAUUUAGACCUCAUUUUUUUUACGGUCUAGAUCGAUGGUCAAAUGACAUGAAAUGCCGAUGAAAAAUUUUGUGUGCCCCAUUUGUAAUCUCUUACACAGCUUAAUGAUUGAUUUUACAGGUACGUUUAUUUGGGAUUAUUUGAUGCUGAGAACGAUGCGGAAGGGCCUAUGACAAAGCUGCAAUCACGUAUAAUGGGAAAAAAUCUGCGCUAAAUUUGAUCCUAGCAACUAUGAGAAUUUCUGCUGAUAAAGUAGAGGACAAAUGCAUGAAAGAUGAUGGAAGUGUUCUGGCUGCUGCAGUAUCUUCCAAUAAGAGAACUGAUAUAACUAAUGAGAAGGAGAAUAGUAAUUCCAUAGCUAGUAUUCCAAAGCCACCCAUGAAUUAUUCCAAGAAGGGAGAUCUUCCAAGUGAUUCCAAAAACCAAUCAGGGCCAAGGGGAAAAGGUCACUUGAACUCUUCACAUAUUAAACCGUAUACUAUGAAAAGAGAAGAGAACGUGAAAAAUGCAAGUGGCACAUCCAUGUUAGCUCAGGAGAAUCAGGCAAUUAAGUGGGAGAAGUUGGAUGUUGGAAGAUCUAGACAGAUUUAUGUUCAGGAACCUGCAGCACCAUUUGUUUCAAUGGCAGAAAUGAUGAACAGGUUCCAAUCAAGUACCAGAGACUUGUCGCUGCCGCAUGCUAAUGGUUCUCUUUCACACAUGAAGCCUAAACUCACCUUAACAAGACCAAAGGAGCCAGAAUUUGAGACAUCACAGCGUGUGCGCUCAGUUAGAGUGAAGAGUACUGCUGAGCUGGAAGAAGAGAUGAUGGCCAAAAUUCCCAAGUUUAAGGCUCGUCCAAUUCUUGAAGCACCAUCAUUACCUGCAAUGUCAAGAAGUACCCCACAGCCACCUGCAUUUCAGCUUCUAUCCAGAACGAAGAAGAGUGUUGGUGGAGGAUCAAGGAUGCAGUCUAGGAGGAAUGUUCGCAGGCAGGCUGUUCGAAACAACAAUGGGCAAGAUGGACAUGAUCCUGAGGAAAAAGCAUUGAAGUCUGUCAUAGUUGAAGCUCCAAACUUUGAUGGCCAGCUGAAUGCGAAGGUGUGUCUGGAUUGGAUAUCAGACAUGGACCACUAUUUUGACUGGUACGAGUUGUCUGAAACUCGAAGGGUGCGGUUUGCAAAGAUGAAGUUGGUGGGCAAAGCUAGAGAAUGGUGGAGUGGUGUGGAAAGGCGAGCUGCAAGAGCCGGUGAUGAACCUAUCAUUCAUUGGGAGGAGAUGAAAGAAAGGCUGAAGGAGAAGUACGUUCCUUUGGCUUACAAAGAGCGCUUGCUGAAUCAGUGGCAAUCUCUUCGUCAAGGGAACAUGACAGCUGCUGAGUAUAUUGAUAAGUUUGAAGAAUUUAUGAUAGUGCUGGAAUUGGAGCGCUACUUGCAGACUCCUACAACUGUGCAUAGCCGAUUUGACCAGAAAAAUCCUGAAUUUCGUCCCAGCUCAUCGGGAACAGCACCAUCUCCAUUUGCCAAUAGCUCCAGUACUGCCAAUUCAUUUGUGAAAGCUGAUACAGGAAAGGGAGUGCAAUCUGGUGUUCGAGGAGGGGGAUCUGUAAAGUGCUACAAGUGUCUAGGCCAUGGUCACUAUGCUGGCCAAUGCCCAACCAAAGAGAAACAUCGUAGUCUGUUUGCAGCAAGCACAGGAAAAGAGGCUUGA